AUGCUCACCAACACGGUCGCCAACUACCCAGUUAUGGAGCCUGCUUCCCAACAUACCUACACAAUCCCAAAUUCGCGUCGUCUGGACCAUCGGAAAAGCACAAUUUCAUGCCGCGAGCCUCUGGGGUGUAAUGCUGAGGGAUGGAGCUUCCUAAGUCCUGUCAGACUCGGCCUUGCACCGCGUUUCAUUGACAUGCUUGCACUGCUAGUAGCAAUAUUCGGGAUGUUCAUUGGCAUCCUGUCAAUAUGGGUUUUUGUUCGCCGAAGAGCUAAUGGGGAGGUAGAGGCAAGGGGCUGGAAAUACUGGACAAGUUUGGCUUGCGUCGCUUUCGUCGUCACUGGCACUAUUGUACAAAUUGCUGGUCUGAUCACCGGCAAUCCACAUGCUUGGCUCAGCGACCUCUGGGUAUGGGCUUAUACCCUUCUUGUCAUGUCUCUUUUGGCAAUGUUCGUCGUCCAGUAUCUGGGGCCAAGUGGCCGGCAACGCAGAGCCGCCAAAGGAGCAGCCUUCUACUGGCUUAUUCUCACUUUUCUUCUGGGGGCAAAAUUGCAAUCAACUAUUUCACAUCAUAUGAACAAGCGUCAUAUGUAUUCCAUUGCCGCUUUGUGUAUAAGUUUUGUCUUCUCGUGCGUCGAAUGUGUCCUUGUCUGGUUUGUGCCAGAUGGAUACGCCGGCAUGGGCCAAAUAAACAACGUUGACGUCCGCCCACGUGUGACAUUGUGGUCCACUCUGACUUUUGCGUGGAUGACGCCCAUGAUGACCUUUGGCUAUAGGAAUCGUCUCACUGAGAACGACCUCUGGGAGCUACCCGAGAGUGAGAAUACAAGGGCUGCAGCCAAAACAUUCCAAGACUCAUGGAGUGUCGAGCUGGUCGGCAAAAAAGCCCCGUCGAUAUGGCAGGCUCUCUUCCGCGGUUUCGGACGAGCCUAUGUGCAGGCAAUACUCUUCAAGGUGGGGGCUGACAUAUUUUCACUCAUGCAGCCACAGUUAUUGCGCUUCUUGAUAUCAUUUGUCCAGUCUCGAGGCAAUCUGACGAAUGGAGCGGCCCUUGCGCUGGCCAUGUUUCUGGUCUCUGUCGUCCAGAGCCUCUGUCUCCAUCAGUGCUUCCAGCGACUUUCUUACACCGGGGUCAAAGUGAAAGCGGCGCUUAUUUCCACAAUCUAUGUGAAAUCGCUUAGGUUGUCAAAUAGUGCGCGUGCUUCCAAGUCCACAGGUGGCAUUGUCAAUCUGAUGGCUGUAGAUUCGCAGCGCCUUCAGGACUGUAUUCAGUUUAGUCAGCAUAUUUGGUCCGCUCCGUUGCAAAUAGUUCUCUCUGCGGCAUCUCUAUAUCAACUGAUGGGGCCUAGCAUGCUGGCCGGUCUUGCCUUGAUACUCGUCAUGAUUCCUAUUAACAAGACCAUCACCGUGGCCAUCAAGGCUCUUCAGAAGCAGCAGAUGAAAAACAAGGACGCGAGAUCCAAGAUUAUCACAGAAGUAGUCCAGAUGAUGAAGAGCAUCAAGCUUCUUGCGUGGGGUCCAGCAUUUAUGGACAAGAUCAGUCACAUUCGUAAUGACAUGGAGCUCGCAACUCUUUGCAGGGUGGGCAACCUUCAAGCACUAUCUGGCUUCAUCGGUGCGGCAGCCCCAUUCAUCGUUGCCUGUGCAGCGUUCUCAGCAUACGUCUUAGUCCAGGCCAGCCCGCUGACAACGGAUGUUGUGUUCCCUGCCUUUGCAUUAUUCCAUUUGUUGACGGCCCCCCUGACUAUCCUUCCCGCGGCUAUUUCUUCCGUUACGGAGGCAAGUGUUGCAGUAACUCGGCUAAGCGCCUUUAUUACCGCUGAUGAGGUCCAAGAGAACGCUGUUGUUCACAACGACACGGUUACGCAAACCGGUGCAGAAUCGGUUGCUAUACGCGAAGCAACCUUCACAUGGGACAGACAACAGACCAACCCGGCUAUUGAAGAAGUCAACUUCACGGCUCGUGCGGGUGAGCUCUGCUGCGUUGUUGGCCGCAUUGGGAGUGGCAAGUCUGCGUUGAUCCACGCCAUUCUCGGCAGCCUUCACAAAGUAAAAGGUACAGUGGCGGUUCAUGGUUCGGUCGCAUAUAUGGCACAAGACACAUGGCUACUGAAUGCCACGAUACGAGACAACAUAACGUUUGGCCAUGAAUGGGACGCUGGGUUCUACGAGAACACUAUGAAGGCGUGUGAAUUAGUCAGCGACUUUGUCCAAUUCCCAAACGGGGACCUGACUGAGGUUGGAGAUCGAGGUAUUAUGUUGAGUGGCGGGCAGAAAGCGCGUCUAUCCCUGGCCAGGGCAAUAUACUCUAGAGCAGAUAUAUACUUGCUGGAUGAUCCUUUAGCGGCAGUGGACCAGCACGUUGCCAGACAUCUGGUCGACAAUGUACUUGGACGCCAUGGCCUCCUUCAAGGAAGAACAAGAAUUGUCGUCACAAACUCCGAGGCUGCCCUGGCCGAGUCAGACGCAGUUGUCUUGCUUCAGUCUGGCAGAAUCGCGGAAAGGGGUACUGGCACACAAACCAUGGAGGCGAUGAGAGAUUUCAACGAUGUUGAAGGAAACUUGGGUACUCUAAAUGAUGAAGAUAAAGUCAAUAUGUCUGCCGAUAUGUCAAGCGCCGGAAAACUACAGGUUAUAAGCAAUAUUCAGGGAUUGACAACAAUGCGCCAAGUGGCUUCCCAAGAGGCAGAUCCGAGUGCAGCUCACCGCGCAGACGAUGAACGUCGCCGAAGUCUUCCAAGGAGACGCAUUGACGUGGAAUCUGAGCCAAUCAUACGUACAGAACGCUCAAAACAAGGCCGUGUGGGAUGGAAGGUGUAUGGUGAUUACGCAAAGUCGAAUGGUCUUGUCUUUGUCUGUCUAUAUGUUGUUGCUCUCAUCGGCUCCCAAGCAGCUGAAAUAGGUAUUAAUAUCUGGCUCAAACACUGGAGCGAGACGAACAACUAUGUCGGGGAGAAUCCGCAAGUCUCAAAGUUCAUUGGUGUAUAUGUUGCAUUUGGGCUUGGUUCAGCUGUCCUUGUUUUUGUACAGAGUAUGGUACUUUGGCUGGCCUGCUCCAUCAAGGCCUCACGCACCCUCCAUGAGCGGAUGGUGUUUGCAGUUUUUAAAUCUCCCAUGAGCUUUUUUGAGCAGACCCCAGCCGGUCAAAUCCUGAAUCGAUUCACUAGUGACAUAUAUCGUAUCGACGAGUCCCUCGCCAGACAGUUCAACGCGCUGUUUGUUAGUGCUGCGAGAGGUUUCUUUAUUCUUGGCGUAAUUGCCUUGGGAAGUCCACUCUUUGUGGUGUUCAUCAUCCCACUCGUGCUUCUAUAUACAUACAUGCAGCGAUAUUACUUGGGAGCCAAGCGAGAACUCAAGCGCUUAGAUAGCACGAGCCGCAGUCCUGUUUUUGCCCACUUUCAAGAGACCCUUGGGGGUGUUGCAACUAUUUGUGCCUACGGAGCUCAGGAACGAUUUAUCCGAGAAAAUGAACGUCGAGUCGACGCAAACAUGAAGGCCUAUAUUCCGUCGAUAACAGCAAACCGGUGGCUAGGGGUUCGACUAGAAUUUGUUGGGUCUGUCGUAAUUCUACUAGCAGCCGGAUUUGCCGUUGCAGGUGUUGCCUUCAGAUCUGGUCAGUCAGAUGGCAUGGCCGGCUUGACAAUAUCAUACGCUCUACAAAUCACGCAGUGCCUCGGCUCGCUAGUCCGAGCCACCGGGGAGGUUGAGACGAACAUAGUGUCUGUAGAGCGUGUCCUCGAAUUCACUGGCUUACCCAGCGAGGCUCCGGAUGUUCUUGAGAGCCACCGGCCGCCAGGUAGCUGGCCAGCCCAGGGGGCCGUGAAAUUUGUCAAUUAUAGCACUCGCUAUAGACCAGAAUUGGACCCAGUCCUCCGAAACAUCAACCUUGACAUAAGAGCCAAGGAAAAGAUUGGCAUUGUCGGCCGCACUGGGGCUGGCAAAAGCUCGCUAGUACUGUCGCUCUUUCGAAUCAUCGAACCAGCCUUGGGGAGCAUCCACAUUGAUGACCUCAAUGCAUCGAGUGUAGGACUCUUGGACCUUCGGCGCCGAGUGUCGAUCAUUCCUCAGGACUCUGCUCUGUUUGAAGGAACAAUUCGGGACAACCUGGACCCAGACAAGGCCCAUGACGAUACUGAGCUUUGGGUCGCUCUUGAACUUGCUCAACUGAAGGAGCACGUUGCCGGCAUGUGUGGUGGACUAGACGCGAAAGUAUACGAAGGGGGUUCAAAUCUUAGCCAAGGCCAGAAGCAGCUGAUAUCAUUAGCCCGCGCACUGCUGAAGCCCUCGACUAUCCUAGUGCUAGACGAAGCAACCGCCGCGGUGGACGCUGGAACGGAUAUGAUUAUCCAGAAGACUCUGCGGGACAAUAUAUCCGGUCAUCGCACCAUCAUUACAGUUGCGCACCGCAUUCAUACUGUCAUCGACUCUGACCGCAUAGUGGUGCUUGAUGACGGAGAGAUUAUUGAGGCUGAUACGCCAGCUGCUUUGAUAGAGCAAAAGGGAGCAUUUUACCAGCUUGCUAGAGAGGCAGGCCUAGCAGAGUAG